CGCGCUCGUCUUUAUAUUUGUGUGUUUUUACUCGCAAAAUAGCGGCUAUGGGUGUUUAUAACUGCUUAUAAAUUCGACUAAGCACACAUUUAAACUACUUUUAAGUCAUAAAGUGGCUAAUUAGUGUGGCGUAACUUACCACAGUAUGGAAAUUCAAACCGUCUCGCCUCAGGUUGUUAGUUGCUAUGGUAACAGUGUUUAGUGUAGCGCUAAUGUAUCGUUAGGCUAGCUAAGUAAGGUAGCGCUAGUAAAGAGGCGAUGAUAACAAGUUUUAACAGGUAAAAAUGGACGAAACAAUGCCCGAAAUAAACGACGGCUUAGUUGACAACCUUAUAGAAGAUGAAGCUGAGAGAGAGACUCUUCUUGCCAAACCCACCUGCUUCAUAAUAGUUGGGAGACCGGGUGUUGGCAAAUCCACCUUGGCCAAAGAAAUUGCACAAUCGUGGAAGUGUAUAUUAGUUGAUGAUACAGAUCUUCUCAACACACAUAUUAAAAAUAAAACAAGGCAGGGUGAAGAACUCUUGAAUAUCUUGUCCGAGGGGAGAAGUAUACCAGAAGAAAAGGUGCUCCAGCUUCUUCUUGACAGGCUUGACUCACCAGAUGUGGAGCAUUAUGGAUAUGUACUGAGUUGCCUGCCAUCCCUAUCAGAAGAGUGUAUGAAGAUUCAAGAGCAGAUUGAGCUGAUCAAAAACCUCAAACUAACACCCGAUUUCAUCAUCAACAUCAAGUGUGCAGACAAGGAUCUGGUGGAUAGGCUGUCAGGUCUGAAGCAGCACCCAGAGACAGGUCAGCUGUACGGCAGGGACAAGUGGCAGCAUGAGGAGGUGUUUCACAAAAAGAAAGAGAACAAGGAUGAGGAAGAGGAAGUAAAUGAUGAAGAGGAUCAGGCUGCAGAAGAGGAGCAGCAACAGGAUAUUACUGUCCACAUGGUGUGGACUCCAGAGAAUUUAGCCAGGAAUGCUUUUCUCAGAAUCAGCAUGUACAAGGAUACCAUGCUCAGACCACUAGAGGACUACAUGACAGAUCAUAACCCACUCUACCUGCUGGAGCUGGAUGGAAACAACACACCUGAAGAGCUGCACUCGACUGUAAUGUCCCGUCUUGGAUCCAUGGCAGUUAAGCGUGUCUCUCUUCCGGUUCUCCUUCACCAGCCUGAUGAUGAAGAAUUUCCAGCGGAAAUUGAAGGGGAGGAAUUGCUGAGAGUUAUGUCCUCCUCCAGGACAGUGGCCCCUGGUUUUAGAUGGAGAAGAAGCCGCUGGGGCCAAACUUGUCCUGUUGCUCUGAAGGAAGGCCAGGUCAUUCCUGGGAAGGCUGAAUUGUGUGUGGGCUUCCAGGACAAAAUGUACAUCCUCUCAUCUGAGGAGGCCUACCAGAAGUUUAUCACAAACCCACGACGGUACUUACGUCCUCCAAUGCCCAGGCCUCCUUGCAGAGUUGCCAUCAUUGGACCUCCACAGGCAGGGACGAGCACUUUAUGUCAGCUUCUAGCUCAACACUACAACGCAUUGGUUCUUGAUAUGGAGGAUUUGAUGAAGCCAGUUCUGGCCAAAGGUGAACAGGAGUGGCUUGACAAAGUCAAAGAGGAGACAACACAGGUCGCUAUAGAGAAAAUCAAGAUGAAGAUUGAGCAGGAUGGAGAACAGAACGCAGAUGAAUCAAGUUCUGUAGAAGUGACGGAGGAUCAUCCAGAGGUACAAGCUAUGGUGCUCACUGCAUUGGAAGAAGCCAAACAUAUGAGCGCAUCCCCCUUUGGCCUGUAUGCAGAGGUACUGAAGAUGCGCAUAAAAGAGAUGGAAGAGGCUGACACUGAUGCAGAUGUUAGGACUGGCUGGGUGCUUGAUAACUUUCCAAAGAACUUCUCCCAAAUGGGUGCCUUACAGCAAGCUGGAAACAUGCCAGACAUCCUAUUCUGUCUCAGAGACAGUGAUGGAAAUCAGGUUUUGAAGAGAUUGUAUGAGAUGAACAAGGAGAGUGUGGACAAAGCAGUAAUCAAGAGGUUGCAGGGGGAACUCACUGAGAAGGAGAAACAGGCCUUAAACCAGAGGGAGCAAGAACCAAAGGUUGAAGCCCCACCUGCAGAUAUGAAAACAAAUCUAGAGACUGUUGUUGAAGAAACUGAAGAAAAUGCUGAACAAUCCAACACCACCAGUCCUUCAUAUCCUGAAAUGAUCAAAAAGGAGGCUGUGGUACUACCUGAUCAUUGGGAGUUGGGUUAUCCAGAUGGCCCAGAGAUGAAUGACUAUAAACAGCAACUGCAACAGUUUGUGAAUGAAUGGGAGCAAAUGCAGCCUGCUCUACCUGUCGCCCACUCAGUGCUGGAGAUUGGCAGUCUAAGCCCAGAGGACCUGCUUCAAGAGAUGAUCCUUCAUAUGGAGAAACCCUAUCAGUAUGUCUCCUGGGAGAUGUCAGCGGUUGACCUGGAUGAGGAGACAGAGGAUAUGGACGCCUUAGCUGAGCUGGAGAGAGCUGACGAAGGCAGCAGUGACAAUGACACAGUGGAGGAGGAGGAUGAGCAGGGGCAAAUAGCAGCCAAGAGAUUAUUAGGUGAUACCCGUCAUUUCUGCCCCGUGGCAUUAAAAAACCACAACGUCCUGUGGCCUUGUAAGGAUGAAAUUGCAGCCAAGUACCGUGAGAAGAUCUUCUGCUUCUCAAGCCAGGAAGCCAGGGACUCCUUCCUCCAAAACCCUGUGCAGUUUGUUGCACAGACUGGGCCUCUCAAGCCUCCUGCCGUGCGGAUGUUUUUGCUUGGCCCCCGAGGGUCAGGCAAGACUACUACUGGAGAGUGGCUUGCCAAGAAGCUUGGAAUCUUCCAUAUUCAGUUCAGGGAGCAGGUCCAAAUGCUUAUCAUGGCCAAGACAAAGAGGAGGAUACCUUAUGCUGAUGAGGCGGAUUCUGCAGAGGAGUCUCCUGACGACUUGGAGGCCCUGAUAAAGGAAGCUAGGGGAGAGGACGAGGAGAUGAAGGAUACGUCUGCCAGCAUGAAUGACAUGGAGCAGGAAGUGGAACUGACUGAUGAGGAAAAGGACAUCAAAGCUUAUCUGUCUGAUGGAGAGCCACUGAGUCCACAUAUCCUGAAUAUGGUUAUCAGACCAUUCUGGAAAGAAGAACCAUACAUGUCCACAGGUUUCAUUCUGGAGGGCUUCCCUCACAAUCCCCAGGAUGUGCAGUACAUGUUGCAGCAGCAGCUUUUCCCCGACCUUGUGGUAAUCAUGGCGGUGGAAGCCUCGGAUGUUCAGAAGCGCUUGUUGCCGACAUACCUGGAGAAAUGGCAUGAGCGGCGCAACCAUCACAAAACACAGCUGAACCUCCUUCGUGAUCUACGUCAGAAGAACCGGGAGGAGAAUAUUUCCAGGAGAAGAGCUGAACUGAUGGCAGAGCUACGCAGUGAAAAGGCAGCCAAAACCAGGGAUGAGGAAGAUGAAGAAGAGGAUGAAACCGCAGACAACACUGAGGAUGACAUAGAGGCCAUGCUGGAGGAGGAGUUUCCUUUAGAAGAGGAUAACGAAGACAUGGAGGAUGAAGAAACUGAGGAGGCAGCUUCUGAGAGGCUUGAGGCGGAGAUAGAAGAGCGUUUUACGACGGAUGAAAACAACCUUGCACCUGUGAUGGAGCUAUUGAGUGAACAAAACAUACCCAAUAUGUCAAUUAGUGCAUCUCGGAAGCCCCGGAUCGUGCAGCAACAGAUGCUUCAGAAAAUCCAGCCUCUGCUGACCAACAGGGAGUCAGUCUUCCAAAAAUGCUACCCAAUCUCAUACAGCCUGGCAAAUAAGCUGCUGCUCUCCUCUUACAAACUCCACAGUGCCUUUGGCUGCUGGGACCCUGUAAAGCAAUACAAAGAGAGAGGUUUGAUCCAGCCUCUGCAGUGGCCUCUCAGUACCACAUAUCCCCUGAUCCUCCAUCAGUAUAUCUACUUCUUUUCAUCCAAAGAAAACCGUUACACCUUUAUGCUCAACCCCUUGAAGUACCUUAGACAACAGAAGCCCACCCCAUCCCUGCCUUUAAAAAUGGCAAUUGUUGGACCACCCAAAUCUGGAAAAACUGCUGUGGCACAGAUGUUUGCUCAGAAAUAUGGCUUGGCCUGGCUGUCGAUCGGCAGUGUUAUGCGCAUGGUGCUUAACACCCAGGAGCACACCGAUCUGGCUUUCCAGAUGAAAAAGCAUCUCUGCAAGGGUCUUGUUGUGCCUGAUGAGCUGGUCAUUCAGUGUCUGGAGGUGGCACUCAUGAGCUUGGUCUGUAGCACUCAAGGGUACGUGUUGGAUGGUUUUCCAAGUACACUUAAGCAGGCAGAGCUGAUGGGGUCUCGGAGUAUCAUCCCUAUGAUAGUCGUUGAGUUGGAGCUAGACACAGUGGAGGUGCUGAAGAGAGGCCUGGUGGACAAGAUGAAGCCCUACAAGCCUCACCUGAUGCACAACAGCUCUGAGAUCCUCCACAUUCGCAACUCCUGUUACAAGCAGGAGGUGGAACAUGUGAGGCAACACUUCCAGAAACAAUAUCAGAACUGGAUUAUGCUCGAUGGCUUGAAGAGUAAAUGGUGGAUCUGGAACAUGAUUCUACAGGAAGUCAGCAUCAGUAUGAAGUAUAUCCACAGCUACCUGGAGAGGACAAAAAACAGGAAAGCGGCCUGCAUCAACAGACUGUGCAUCACGCCCAGGGAGCUGCAAUAUCGACUUGGAGAGUUUCACCAGUAUUGCCCAGUCUGCAUGGCUCUACAUCAUCACCUGGUGGACUGCUCCGAAACUGCAGCCUUAACUCAUGCUGCUGAGUACAGGGGACAGUAUUACAGGAUGUGUGGCAAGGACCAUUUAGAGAGGUUCUUGAUCACUCCAGAUGAGUUUGUGGCUCCUGGCUGUCCACACACUCUCCCACAACCCCACCUGCUGCCAAGAAAACUAACGGAGAGUCAGGUGAAGAACAAGUUCCCACAGCAAGUUGAGUUGAAGGGUUUUUGCCCGGUCACUUAUCUUGAUGGAAAGCAAAGGUAUGAAGCUCUGGUUCGAGGAAAGAUGGAAUAUGCUGUAGAAUACAGAGAGCAGAUCUACAUUCUUGAGACGAAGCAGAAACAGGACAAGUUUUUGAGGAGUCCUGAAACGUACUGGGACCAGCAGCUGCCCAGUAAAGUUCCUCCUCUGUGUGAGCCCGUACCCCUCACCUCCCUUCCAAUGUUGGGCUACCUGGAACAGGGUGUGGCAGUAGCAGUCAUCAAGGCCAUGACAGCUGUUGGGUGUCUCAAACCAAAGUAUCCCUUCAUCAGUAUACAAAGAUCAGCACUCCUCUACGUGGCCUUCUACCUGAAAGCUUUCAAUCACAAGAGCACAGACUACGCCAGACAAAAGUACAGAAAGAAGCUGGCCUUGUUUGAAGAGAACUGUGCCCUGAUUCCGUACCUGAGCUCAACAAUGAGAGUUAACUACAGACCUCCCAGUGAACGUCCCAUCGACUUUGAGUUCAAACUGAAUCGGUUCCUGGCCUUGGAAGACAUGCCAGGCAACAGCAUUGUGCUCUAGCUGUGCCUGUUUUGAAACCUUGACAACUGCUACCUUAUAUUGUGUGGAGAACUGGGUGACAACUAAGUUAUAUGAAAAGGAUGUUGCUCUAAAGAGUUUAUUUUAUCAAGUGCAGCAUAUAAUAAAGUAUUCUUCUCUGUCAAGGCUAAACGAUUCUGCUUGGGACAUUAGUUUAAACUUGCUUCGCUGUAGCUCUACAGAACUUUCCUUUUCUUGCAUCAUAUUUUACAUGAAAAAGAAAGGGUAAUGACUAUUGGUUUUCUACACAAUGCUUUUGUGCACCAUGCUUUUUAAUAUGUCAGUACAAUUGGGGAUAUUGUCCAAGAGUUAGCAUCGAGUUGCUCUGCUGCAGGUUUUCACAAUAGAUUGUGGAAAAAUUGUUGUCUAAAGUAUCCUGGUAAGCAAAGAUUGCCUACAAUGAUUGAAGUGAAAAUCUAUUUCUAUUUCUUGUUCUAUUUCUAAAUGAGAAACUAUUGAUUGUUUGCAGUUUA